AUGACUAACAUCAUCUUAGUCCGUGGAUACAACCCUCUGACUCCUCCCGAUCUGCUCCAGCACGAAAUUGCCCAAACUCCCAACUCGAAGCAAACCGUGAUUGAUGGCCGUGAGGAAUCUGCUGCUGUCGUCAAUGGUACUGACGAAAAGGGGAGGCUUCUUGUGAUUAUUGGGCCCUGUUCCAUUCACGACCCCAAAGCCGCUCUUGAGUACUGCGACCUGCUCCUCGCCCAGAAGGAGAAGCACAAGGAUGAACUUUUGAUCGUCAUGCGCUCCUACUUGGAGAAGCCACGCACGACAGUGGGAUGGAAAGGUCUGAUUAAUGACCCAGAUAUCGACAAUAGCUUCAAGAUUAACAAGGGCCUGCGCUUGUCGAGGCAGCUGUUCGUCGACCUUACGGACAAGGGCAUGCCCAUUGCCAGUGAGAUGCUCGACACCAUCUCGCCUCAGUUCCUCGCCGAUUUGCUCUCUGUCGGUGCUGUUGGCGCGAGAACCACCGAGAGCCAGUUGCAUCGCGAGCUAGCCAGCGGUCUCAGUUUCCCCGUUGGCUUUAAGAACGGCACUGAUGGCUCGCUCGGAGUUGCAAUUGACGCCAUUGGUGCCGUUAGGCACCCCCACCACUUCCUUUCUGUUACCAAGCCCGGUGUCGUGGCUAUUGUCGGUACUGUGGGCAAUGAGGACUGCUUCGUCAUCCUGAGAGGCGGCACCAAGGGCACCAACUACGACGCCAAGAGCAUCACAGAGGCGAAGGCUGCACUAGAGAAGGCUGGCCUUCCUCAGAGACUCAUGGUGGACUGCAGCCAUGGUAACUCUUUGAAGAACCAUAAGAACCAGCCCAAGGUUGCUGGUGAACUUGCCGCACAAAUCGCGAAGGGCGAGACUGGCAUUAUGGGUGUCAUGAUUGAGAGCAACAUCAACGAGGGCAACCAGAAGGUGCCCAAGGAGGGACCGAGCGCAUUGAAAUACGGCGUCAGCAUAACGGACGCAUGUAUCCACUGGGAGGACACUGUUUCUGUUCUCGACCAGUUGGCGGAUGCGGUUAAGCAGCGACGCGAGAUUCUUAGCACAAACGGCCACGCUUGA